CGGCACCCCGGCGCGGCGCUCUUCCACGUGCUCUUCAAGGCCCUGGCCGUCCUCGUCUACAUGUUCUCCGGCAUGUUCACGAGCAACUUCGUGCUCGUCUGCGUCGUCUGCAUCCUGCUGCUCGCCUUCGACUUCUGGACCGUGAAGAACGUGAGCGGGCGGCUCAUGGUCGGGCUGCGCUGGUGGAACUACGUCAAGGAGGACGGCGCCACGGAGUGGGUCUUCGAAUCGGCCGACGACGCGUCGGAGAUCAGCGACGUCGACCGCCGCGUCUUCUGGGGCGCGCUCUACGCGCCGGCCGUCGUCUGGUCCCUCUUCCUCCUCGUCGCCAUCCUCCAGCUCAAGGUCCAGUGGCUCAUCGUCAUCGCCGCCGCGCUCUGCCUGUCCGGCGCGAACAUCGUCGGCUACACCAAGUGCUCCAAGGAGGCGCGCCAGCGCAUCGAGAACUUCGCCUCCGGCGGCGUCGCCGGGUCCCUCAUCAACCAG